UUGAAAAAAGGGCUGCUGGCUGCUUCUAUAUAUCCGUUUUCGCACACAUCCUACAUCCCGACAAGCUGCGGCAUUUUGUAGGAUUCGCUCGACGACCAGCUUCCGAUACAGAGUGAAUUUUUUUUGCCAUCAUGUCCAAUCCCAGAGUUUAUUUUGACAUCACCAUCGAUGGAGCGAGUGCUGGAAGGAUUGAAAUGGAGCUGAGAGCUGAUGUUGUACCCAAGACUGCCGAGAACUUCCGUGCUUUGUGCACUGGCGAGAAGGGUUUCGGCUACAAGGGCUCUGGCUUUCAUCGCGUCAUCCCCAAAUUCAUGUGCCAGGGAGGCGACUUCACCAACCAUAACGGAACCGGUGGAAAGUCCAUCUAUGGCACCAAGUUUGCAGAUGAGAACUUCACCCUGAAGCAUGGAGGGAAGGGAAUCCUGUCCAUGGCCAACGCUGGGCCCAACACCAACGGCUCCCAGUUCUUCAUCUGCACUGCUGAUACUAAUUGGCUUGAUGGCAAACACGUUGUGUUCGGGAAGGUGGUGAAUGGAUUGAAUGUGGUGGAUGCCAUCGAGGCUAAAGGAAGCAAUAAUGGAAAAUGCUCUGCCAAGAUCGUGAUCGCUGAUUGUGGCCAACUAUAAUUGUUUCUCACUCCCUUUUCCCAUUCCAACCAUGCACAUUCCUUACUAUUUUUUUUUUUUUUUUUUUUUGGUUUUGUUUUUUUUUUAAUUACCAUUGCUAAAUGAGAUGCUUAUUCCUUGUGUCAUGGUCCUGUUUUAUGUAUUCUGACGGUCCCCAGGACACGGUUUGUUAAACAUCGAUUAAAGGUGGAUCACGAUUCCUUUCAA